AUUCGGAAGAAAUCAGAGAACAAGUAAUCGCGAAUCUGCAUCCUUUUGAUUUCUUCUCGGGCUAAGAUUGUCUGUUUUCUGUGUUCAUAUAGUUUUUAUCUAUAAUGGCUGCCGAAGAAGCCGAAGUUCCAGUAGUUGAGCAGCAGGAGCAGCCGGCGGCGGAGGAGCCGAAGCCGGAGGAGAAGCCUGUAAAGGAGAGAAAACCUAAAGCUCCCAGGGAAAAGAAACCUAGACAGCCGAAAGCCGCUGCUCAUCCUCCUUACUUUCAGAUGAUCAAGGAGGCACUAUUGGCCUUGAAGGAGAAGAACGGUUCUAGUCCGUACGCCAUAGCAAAAUACAUGGAAGGGAAGCACAAGGCGGUUUUGCCUGCUAAUUUCAGGAAGAUGUUGGCUCUGCAACUAAAGAAUUGUGCUAACAGAGGCAAACUCAUCAAGAUCAAAGCCUCUUAUAAGCUCUCUGAGUCAGGCGAGAAGGACAAGGGCACCCCCACCAUGACCAAGACCUCGAAGAAGUCGACAGUGAAGAAACCAAAACAAGCUAAAGCGAAAACAACCACCGCUCCUCCAGAGCGCAAGAGGACGGCGGUCAAAAAAUCCGAGGGAGCGAAGAAGAAGAAAGUCGCGACCAAGAAGACAAAGAAGUCAACCCCUGCAAAGCCAAAGCAGCCCAAGUCCAUCAAAUCUCCUGCGGCUAAGAAAGCCAAAAAAGCUGCUUAAAGAACUAUAGAAUCUAGUCAUGUGCUUAGCCUUUUAGCUCUUGUAUGUGAAUAUACAGUUUGUAUGUAAUCUAUUUUGAGGUUUAUGGUUUAGUGUCUGGACUGGUUUUGGCCAUCUU